AUGGCCUGUGAAAACACCAAGCAAAUUCAGGGACGAGACCUGCAGGUGUGUCUGUGGGACCUGAGCGAAGGCCGCAGUGAGCCGGUGGACGCCGUGUGGACCGGCAGCGUUGGGUUCUGUCAGUGCUCCGUGCUGGAGACGAGCCCGAGCGCCUCCCUGCUGGCAUAUCCAGGCCAACAGACGGAAGAGAUCCGGGUGGUGGAGCUGCCCAGUAAGACCCCGGUCUGCACCCUGCUGCCAGAGGCCAAGCUGGGAAUGGUCAUGUCCAUGCAGCUCUGGCAGCCCGACUCGGGCCCCGGGCCCCUCCUGUUGGCUGGAUACGAGGACGGGUCCUUGCUGCUGUGGGAUGUAACCCAGAGGGCCGACCUGAGCCGAGUCAGAGCCCACCCGGAGCCCGUCAUGUGCCUGACCUUUGACACCGAGCGUCUGAGGGGCGUAUCGGGCUCCUCGGAGAGGGAGCUGGCCUCCUGGACGCUGGAUGAGCAGAGCAAGCUUCAGGUCAGCAGAGGACACUCAGAUAGAGCGAUCCGCAAAGAUGGACGAAACUCGACAGAGGAUGGAUAG